UUUACUACUGAUCGCCGUGUUGUAGAUAAGGCGCGUCAACGACAAACACUUUACACCAGUCUGGUGAAAAUGUUUCGCAUUCUAGGCGAACCAGAAGUCCAAUGUGGAUCAGAUUCGAUUACAUUAUUGUUCAACGCAAGAAAUCCGUUUGCUGGUAAAAUUUUUGUAAAGGGUUUUGUCGCUGAUAGUGACUGUGUUAUGAUGGGUAAUAACAAGCUUAAUCAUCGAUUCACUGUUAAGCAUGAUUCUUGUGGAGUCCGUCGUCAACGGGAGGUGAACGGUGUUGUCAUCAUAUCAACUGUGAUCGUCUCAUUUCAUUCCAUUUUCAUCACAAAAGUCGAUCGUGCAUAUCGUCUUAGUUGUUUCUACGUAGAAGGAAUGAAAAGAGUACAACAACAACUAGACGUCGCUGCAUUGACGACUCAGCUGCUGGAGAGUCAGACACAGCUGCCCAUUUGCAGAUACGACAUCCUUUCCGACGGUCCAAAUGGGAUUCCCGUAAAAUACGGAAGGAUCGGUGAGAUGGUAUUCCAUAAGUGGACAUGUGUCUCAGAACUGACUGAUGUCUACUGCAUGAGAGUCCAUUCAUGCACAGUCUACGAUGGUCAGGGUGGUUCGGCAGUUACGGUGAUUGACGUUAAUGGAUGCUCUGUGGAUAGCAUAAUACUUCAGAAUAUCGAUUAUUUGGACGAUAUGACUGCAGGAAAAUUGGCACAAGUAUUUAAAUUCGCUGAUAGAGCUACCUUGUAUUUCAACUGUCAGAUUCAGCUCACCAUAAAGGAUAAGCAGUAUGGAUGUUCACUUUCAGUGGGUUGUGUAUCUUGCUUACAGUUAAAGUACAUUUCGCCAUCGGAAAACUUUAUGGAAGAGUUAGCGAAUUGCACAGUUUUUAAAUAG